CAACUUUUGGUCUAUAAAAUCUCCAAGAGCGCGACGCCGCCAGCGCACAUUGGCGACGAAGCACCUCCCACGCCUUCAGCCUGUAUAAUCAAAGGCGAGGAAGAAGGCGAAAGAAUCCACGAGACGGACCUCGCGCUGCUACGCGCCAGGACGUCGAUUGCGUUCCGGAAAACGCUGAAGAAAAAAACUUGGAUCCGACCCGAGCGAAGCGAUCGAGAUUAGGACCUUGUCGGCCCUGAUCAGAAAUCCGGCAUCAUGUCCAGCCUUUUUGGCUCUGCUGCGGCAAGCGCUGCGUCGACGACGGUGGGCGACUUGAAGCAGGAUGUCGCGCUGAAUGACCCCCCGACCGACAGCAUCUCGGAUCUCGUCUUCUCGCCAGCCGCCAACGGACCCGACUUUCUUGCAAUUUCCAGCUGGGACAACAAGGUCCGCAUCUACGAAAUCGCCCAGAAUGGUCAGAGCCAGGGUCGUCACGCGUUUGAGCACAGUCAGCCCGUUUUGGGCUGCGAUUUCUCAAAGGAUGGAACCAAGGUAGCUUCUGCCGGUGCAGACAAGAAUGUCAAGGUCUGCGAUCUGGCAUCCCAGCAAGAUAUUGUCAUUGGAACACACGACCAGCCCGUACGGAGCGUCCGCUUCUUCGACAGCGGCAGUGGCACCAUGGUGGUCUCUGGCUCGUGGGACAAAACAGUCAAGUACUGGGAUCUCCGACAGCAGGGACCGGCAGCCACUCUGGCUUGCCAGGAGCGGGUAUACACCAUGGACGUACAGCAGAACCUGCUUGUUAUCGGCACGGCUGACCGAUACAUCAACGUCGUCGACCUCAAAAACCCCACCAAGUUCUACAAGACGCUUCAGAGCCCCCUUAAGUGGCAGACUAGAGUCGUCAGUUGCUUCCCUGACUCGACGGGCUUCGCAAUCGGUAGCAUCGAGGGUCGUUGCGCUAUUCAAUAUGUGGAGGAGAAAGACUCUACAUCCAACUUUUCAUUCAAAUGUCAUCGCGAUCCGGUUGUUAAUAACGUGGUCAACGUGCACGCCGUCAAUGAUAUUUCUUUCCACCCGGUUCACGGCACCUUUAGCACGGCGGGAUCGGACGGCACGUUCCACUUCUGGGACAAGGAUGCCAAACACCGUCUCAAGGGCUACCCCAAUGUUGGUGGUAGCAUCACCGCCACGACGUUCAACAAGACUGGAAGCAUCUUUGCCUACGCCAUUAGCUAUGACUGGAGCAAGGGCUUCCAGCACAACACGCAAAACUACCCCAUCAAGGUCAUGCUGCAUCCCGUUAACAACGAUGAGUGCAAGCCCAGGCCUUCAACCAAGAAGAGGUAAAACGAGAUGGCAGAAAGACGAUGACGAGAUGGCGGUGUAUAAUAAUGGGUACGUUGGUGGGUUGGGGGCCGCAUGAUCGAUCCUGGGUGGUGGAGAAAAGAGAUCAUGCGUAUGAAGCCAAGUUGAUGGAGAAAGGGGACAAGAUGGGUUUAUCUGGAUGAGAAGGCAAUACCUGUCUACAAAGGUUUUUUUUUUUAUGUGCGCAAUGAUGAUAUAUAGGCGCUACUAUCCCCCGGAGAGUCAGCACAACGGUGUCGAGUAUUCGAUGUCGGCACCGAUAGUUUGUCAAGAAAAUAUGGCCUUGUUUUUUGCUG